CGAACUUCGCGGGCAUCACAACUGUCAUUAAGCGUGAACGCAAAGACGAAGACAACAUUGGAGUGAACGUCGCGAUGUGUAAUUCGUUCAGUGCUGUGAGUUCUACUCAAAAAAAGUAAAAGUAGAACUGUUUCGGAUUUUUUGGUGACUCUUUCACGUCUUUCCUAGACUUAAUUGCAACAAGAAAUACUUUCAUAGAGGAGUUGUGCGCUGUGACUGUUCCCGGUACAAAACAAUUUUGUGUUCACGAAAGAUUGAUUCAUUAAAUCUCGUUUAAUGGUAGACAAGGCGAACCUGUAUCGGAAAUGCACUGAAAUUACGUAAUCAUUUGACGAACGUCCUUGAGUGUGGUAUGCUUUGAAACCUAAUAGUCAAGGUAGUUUUGUGCGCCAAAUUGAAAUUUCUGAAAAUCAUUGUCGAUGACGUGCACCACGUAAUAAUUGCAUCUGAAAUUAAAAAGGUUACAAGAACAAGGAGGUGAACGAAUGAUAAGAGCACAGAAGAGGAUUCUCAGAAAGUGCAGCUGCGGACUCAGGUUUAUCUCUCCAUAUCAUCGGCAAAGAUGAGGCUCUUUUGGACUUGGCCCGACUGGUGUCGGAUCCCUCUGUCUUUGUGGCUCUGCUCAGCACUUGCUUCUUGUGUAAACGGAAUCAGCACUCCGGCCGGGACUAAAGAUCUGACGGAAGAGAGUUCUGCCGAGACGUUGUUUCUGGAUUUGGAACAGAUCUUCAUCCCUACCCUUCCGACUGUUCGAGACCAAGAAGAAAAGGGCGCCGUCCGCCACAACUUGCCUGUUGGAGUUAGCGAAGAGGCGCCGGGGAUACUGACUAUCGGAACAGAAAGCCCCUGGGAAAAGAACAAGUCCCCAGGGGACACAUCUGCUACGGAGGCACCGUACGGCUCAUGGAAAUCGCCUAUUACCAGUGAUAUGGUGACUCGUGAAACUUAUGAGAUAGUGGAGCCUCCUAAGGUAGAUCCAAUGACAGGCAAUGUAUUCUGGAGUGAGCGGCUCGUCAGUGAAGGUGGUCGAAACGCAGUUUUCCAUUACAAUCCAGAAACCGAGGUCAUUGUGAGAUGGACCCCGAAGAAUUUCGACGUGCGCACGAUGGUGCACGAAUAUGGCGGAGGAGCUUUCACCAUCUACAACAACACGCUCUUUUUCACUAACGGCGAUGACUGGGGGCUGUACCGUCAGGACGGCCAUGAGGGCAUUCCUCAGCUGUUAACGAACACUCCUUACAGAAGAUUUGCUGAUGGAUGCUAUUGUCCUCGGCUGGACAGCCUGUUUCUAGUGGUAGAGGACCACGACCUCCUGCAGAAGGGCCAAGCGAAGGAACCAGAGAACGGCAUCGUCAUCGUGAACGCCAGAACAGGAGAGCAGAACGUCAUCGCAGCUCAUGCCGAUUUCUUCUCCUCUCCCCGAGUCUCUCAGGACGGAAAUUACCUCGUCUGGAUUCAGUGGAAUCACCCCAACAUGCCUUGGACAGAAACUCGUAUGUUCGUCGCGGAGAUCGUAGAUGAUAAAGGGAGACUUACCAUCGUCAAGUACUUUCAGCAUGGGAGCAUGAUGACGCCUUCGUUCAACCAGAACAACGAGAUGUUCUACGUGCAUGACUCCACCGGUUGGUGGAAUCUGUACAAGGUGAACAAAAGAGGCUUCGAGAUCAACCUCACCAACCAGUCACAGGAAGUUGGCUGGCCCAUGUGGUAUUUUGGUCGCCAGGCCUAUGACGUGCAUCCUCGUAUUGGAUAUAACGAAGUGGUAGCCAUUUGUGGAAAUGAUCUGACGGUGAUUGACUCGAUCAAACUCGAAAAGAGAAUCCUCCAUACUGGAUACUCAACUUACAGUCUCGGUGUUGCUUACGCUCUGGACGGCAAAAAAGUGUACGUCGUGGCAGGAGACGAAAUGAGACCUUUCAGACUGAUCGAAGUCGACCUGGAUACAGGAGCAGUGAGGAACCUGCAGCAGCAUCUAAGGGAUGCAGACGCAGCCCCCUCUCCAUCGUUGCCCUCUACCCCCUCGGUCGAUCCUGGAUACAUUUCGAUAGCGAAGCAAUUCCAGUUUCCUACAACGCAAGGCGACUUUGCUUACGGAUAUCUCUAUUUGCCAAAGAACAAGGAUUAUACAGCUCCUGCCGGCACAAAGCCACCUUUAUUGGUCAAGGCUCAUGGAGGACCAACGGCUGCAGCUUCGAGGGUUAUCAACCUUAUGUACCAAUUCUUUACUUCCAGAGGAUUUGCUAUUUUGGAUGUCGACUAUAGGGGGAGUACCGGGUACGGAACUCUCUACAGGAACAAACUCCAUGAAAUGUGGGGAGUGUAUGAUGUGGCUGAUGUGGUCGCGGGCUCAGAGUACCUGGUGAAGGAAGGGCUCGUCGACCGGAAUAUGCUGUGCAUAGAUGGCCAUUCUGCUGGAGGCUACACCACCCUCUCGGCUUUGACUGUCACCGGCUCACCUUUCAAGGCUGGUGCGAGUUACUCUGGCAUUUCGGACCUUGAACUUCUGGCGGCAGACACGCAUAAAUUCGAGAGCCAGUACAUGGAGGGUCUCAUAGGGAAGAUGGAGGAGUACAAGGAGAGAUAUGUCGCCCGAUCUCCACUGAAGAACUCGGAGAAACUCGAUGUUCCCAUGAUAUUCUUCCAGGGAACUGAUGAUAAGAUCGUUCCACCAAGCCAAGCCCGUGGAAUGUAUGAAUUAGUCAAGGGAAAGGGACUUCCUACCGCUUUUCUCUUGUUCGAAGGGGAAGGUCAUGAAUUCAUCCGAAGUGAAAACAAGAAGAAAUCCUUGGAGGCCGAGAUAUUCUUCUUUGCAAAGAUCUUCAACAUAACAUUGGGAGACAUAACUUCUGACAUCCUCAUAGACAACUUGGACAAAUGGCGAAACGAACCAAAAUAUACCAUUCAGAGGAUAACGCUUCAGUGACAUCGAGCCUCCGCAGAACGAUGGGUGGCCUGCGAGAUGUACUGUUCUUGAUGCUGUUCCGCACAAGAACCAAGGCAAAAUAAUCUUUAUUGGAGUGUUUAUGCUAGGAAAACAUUUAGUAAUAUGCAAUGAAGAAGGACGUGUGAUAAUACUGAUAUAUUGUAUAAUAAGGUGCAACUUUAAUUCCUGUAGUUUGUAAAUAGAAUUGCAAAGAUUUAACAAAGAGCAUUUUUUUUUUUAUUCUGAAUGCUAUUUCACCAGAGUAUGCAGCUACGAAAUUGUUAAGUACAAAAAAUUACUUGCUGCUUAGCUAGGAUUCAGGAAAAACUAUAUUAAAGGAGGAAUUGUUAGCCGAAAUGAUAUUACUAAAUAUCAAGGCCUGAUAAAUAAUGUUUUUCCAUGAAUUCACCAAGAACAAAUUAGAUAUAAGGAAAAGACACGCCUAUUUUUUAAUUACAAUGAAUUGUGUGAAAACUCCAAAAAUAAUUGAAAAAAUAAAACCUUGAUAAAACAAAAAUAAAAUACUUAUGAGAAAUCACAAAGACUUCAGGACAUAAAAGAGUGGUCCAAAAUACCAUAAAUCAAUUUAUUUUUAAAUGUCACUAGAUAUUCAUAUGGUAAGUGACUGUUGAGGAACGAAAUCCUUCAUGAAGAAUGUAAGUUCAGUUGCCAUGUUAACAAAUUUAAAAGGGUAAUUAACACUCGAGUUAAAACUUGUGCAUAUCCUGUUGUAUAUGAGUAGUUGUUCUCACAUCAAAUGGCCCGAAUAUUCAUUAUUUCAAUUUUCUGUCUUAAGUAAACUAUUGAGAUGCCUUUUU